AUGGCCACCAGAGGGAGCAGAUCGGAGAAGGUGAAGAGGAUUUUCCAGCAGUUCGACCUCAACAGCGACGGCGGGCUCAACAGGGAGGAAAUGUCGGCUCUGGUGGUGGCCGUUAACCCCCGGGUGAAAUUCAGCGAGGAGCAAAUCAAUGCCAUCCUCGACGAGGUGUUUCGGACGUACGGCGAGUUCAUCGACGGGGACAAAGGUUUGACAUACGAGGGGCUUUUGCGGACCUACGACGACGGUGCCGGCGACGUCGACCGUGACUUCGACGCGCUGGAGCUGGAGCUCAAUUUGGACGAUAACAACAACGACAACAACAAAGGGAUCUCGGAAGCGGCGGAGGCGUCGUCGUCGAUUGCCGACGAGAGAGUAAUUGAGGCGCAGAAGAAGCAGCGGACUGCGGCGUGGGCUGUCUCUCCUAACCACGGUAUUGUGUUCGACGAUACUUGGAAGAUUGUCGAUGAUUUGGAGAUUUUGAUCAAGAGGUUGAAAGCCAAGCAGGCUAAAGACGGGAAAUUGAAGGGGGAUAACGUUGAUAGUUACUCCGACGCCGGUUGGUCGAGGGAAUUGGGUCCCUCAUCGGAGAUCUCUGAUAAGAGAAUUAUCUGGGAAGAGGCCGGGCAUGAUUAUGCAUCCUUCGUGAAGGAAUUGGGAGCUUUGAGGACUAGAGCUGAUGGGGCUAGAUCCAGAGAAGAAGCAUUUGAUGGUCAUAUGGCAAUUGGGAGGGUUUUGUAUGAGCAUCAGUUGUUCAAGGAAGCUUUAGUGAGUUUCAAGAGAGCUUGUGAGCUUCAGCCCAUGGAUGUGAGGCCGCAUUUCCGAACUGGGAAUUGCCUGUAUGUUCUAGGCAGAUAUAGAGAGGCCAAAGAGGAGUUCUUGCUGGCACUUGAGGCAGCUGAGGCAGGUGGGAAUCAAUGGACAUAUUUGUUGCCUCAGAUUUAUGUUAAUCUCGGCAUUGCGCUGGAAGGUGAAGGUAUGGUUCUAAGUGCUUGUGAAUAUUACAGAGAAGCUGCCAUUCUUUGUCCAACACAUUAUAGAGCUUUGAAGUUGUUAGGUAGUGCCCUUUUUGGGGUGGGAGAAUACAGGGCAGCUGUUAAGGCCUUGGAAGAGGCAAUUUAUCUGAAACCAGACUAUGCCGAUGCCCAUUGUGAUUUAGCUUCUGCUUUGCAUGCAAUGGGAGAGGAUGAGAAGGCUAUAGAAGUGUUUCAGAAGGCUAUAGAUCUGAAACCCGGACAUGUGGAUGCGCUCUAUAAUCUGGGUGGGCUUUACAUGGACUUGGGUAGGUUUCAGAGAGCUUCAGAAAUGUAUAGCAGGGUGCUGGUUUUAUGGCCAAACCAUUGGCGAGCUCAGCUGAACAUGGCAGUUUCAUUAUUGGGUGCUGGAGAAACUGAGGAAGCAAAGAAAACUCUUAAGAAGGCUCUGAAAAUGACCAAUAGGGUUGAGUUGCACGAUGCUAUCUACCACUUGAAGCAGCUGCAGAAGAAGAAAGUCAAGCCCAAUGGAACUGCUAACGGUGACGGUCCUUUUAUCACCGUGGAGCUCUCCAAGUUCAAAACCUUGGGCGAGAAAACCACACAGAGACAGGAGCUUCGCAACGCCUUUCAAAUCAGAGCCUUCCAGAGGAUCACCCGGUUGAAUCGGUGUGAUGUGGAUCUUCUGAAGAAGGAAAUGAGAGAGAACGAUGUACCUGUUUCUUACUCUGGCGGGGGUGUACCCGAGAAGUCCAUACGGAAGCCUAACUUGGAAGAGAUUCUAAGAAAGUUCCUUAAUUUCCUGAAACCCGAGAUCUUCCAGGGAGCGGUGAAAGGAAUCAACGAGAGAAUACUCUCGGUUCUCGAUGAGUCGGGUUCAGGAAGGGUUGAUCUGGGUAUGUUCUUUGCUGUUCUUGCACCCCUAUGCAGUGGUAGCCCCGAGAAGAGGAAGCGGGUUGCCUUCGAUGCUCUACUAUGGCGGCCUGUGAAUGAAGGAGGUUCUCAGAUCAAGAGAGUUGAUGCUGUAGGGUACAUCAAGCUGUUAAGAGCUAUGUACCUUCCGUCUCAAGGAAUCAGCGAAAUCCUGGAGGUUCAUGGAGAAACUGAUUCCUCCAUGGUGUCAUUCAACGAGUUCCAAGUCAUGUUUGAUGAUCGAGACUGGGGAUUUGGUAUCCUUUCGACCCUAGUGAAGCUAGAAGCUGAGGACAGAAACCGGCAUGGUUCCCAUGUCUGCUCGGUUUGCAGGUACCCUAUCAUCGGUUCCCGGUUCAAGGAGAUGAAGUCGAGUUUCAGCCUGUGUAGUCAGUGCUACGGUGAGGGGAAAGUACCGUCUUCUUCGAGGCAGCUGCAGGAGUACAAGUUCAAAGAGUAUGCAAGUGAAUCGGAUGCGAUGAAGGAUAAAUGCCUCUGCUUUCCAGUUCAUUCCAAUGAAGAGAAAUGA